AACUUCACUCCCAAAUCCAGAAGGUCGUUGACAUUAAUCCAUCACUACAUAAUAACUGUAGGUUAUAAAUGCUUACGACACUGUUAACGGUGGUUUACAGCAGGAGCUCAUAAUCUUUAUACAAAUCAUACUGAAUCACAAGAAAUGUUUUUCCAUCUCUAAGUUUCUGAAUCACCUCCUGGGGCACGGUGGCUUAGUGGUUAGCACGUUCGCCUCACACCUCCAGGGCUGGGGGUUCGAUUGUGUGUGGAGUUUGCAUGUUCUUCCCGUGCUUCGGGGGUUUCCUCCGGGUACUCUGGUUUCCUCCCCCGGCCAAAAGACAUGCAUGAAAAUCUGCCAACACUCCACAAGAGUCUUCCAGACAUCAUGUCCCUCCUUUAUAUUUCCAUCUUAUGGGUCUGUGCCUGUGUGGACAGUGCAGAAUCUCUGGUUACUGUAUCAGCUCCAGUGGGUUCCACAGUCAUCCUGCCCUGUAAACUGACUGAAGAGUUCAAACCAACAUCACUUAUUAAGUGGAAGAUAAAUCAUUUCAUUGUGUUUGAGAGAAGCAGUAAUGGUACACAUUCAGGGUUAGGAUAUGAAGGACGUGUGGAUGUUCCUGUGGACGAGCUGCGUAAAGGAAACUGUUCCCUGGUGAUGAAGAACGUCAGUUUUACUGAUGACCAAAUCUACAAAUCCUUUACAAUGAACAUUAAUAACCCUGUGGAAAUGAAAGAAAUUAACAGUGUUAAUCUCUCAGUCUAUGGUCUUCAGAUAUCAGCUCCAGUGGGUUCCACAGUUGUCCUGCCGUGUGAUUGGAGUCAUCUGUCCAUCAAAACUCCUCACGUUCAGUGGUUUAUCGGUUCUGAGACUGUGUUUGAUCGAAAGGGUAAAGAGAUAAAUCAGAGUGAAAGAUAUGAGGGUCGUGUGGACGUUCCUGAGGAUGAGCUGCUUAAAGGAAACUGUUCCCUGGUGAUGAACAUCAGUGUUAAUGAUACAGGGAUCUACAGCAGCUCCAUGUUAAUUACAGACACACAGGAAUCUGUCUUGGUCCAGAAGGUUAAACUGUCAGUUGUUGAGGACAGUGUUAAUGAGGGAGGAUCUUUAUAUGAGGAUUCAGACUUACACCAGACUGGAGGGAUCAUUUGGAUUAUUUUAUAUGUUGGGAUCGUAAUCUUCAUCAUCUUUGUCAUCAUCUGUGUGUCUGUGUACUACAGAAGUGUGAAAGCUCGCAGACGUGCCGCCAACUCCACUGAACAGGAUGGAAACAGACAUCAUCACAGUGUUCAGAACAACACAACGUCCGACAGUGUGACGUACACAACAGUCGCCACACAACCAUAGAGUUAAUGACCAACACAAGAUGGUCUGCUCUGAUCUCAUCAUGGAUUUCAGAUCAUCUUAAACUUCAUCCCUGCACCACUGAGCUGAUGUUCAUCUCUGGAGCUUCAUCACCAUGUCAGGAUCUUCUGAUUUACUGCAGAACUCUCAGAUCACACAUCAUGGACCAUCAGUUACUCUUCUAUCUAACCUGACUUGGUCUUGGUCAUGUGAUGUUACACUAAAUAAUGAACUGUGAACAGCAGUAAUUUUUACACUUAUAUUUUUAUUUGUUGUUUUAUUUUGAUGUAGUUUGUUGUGUUUACAUUGCAGCAGUAAACACAGUAUGUACAAUGGCUGAAGUCAUGUGUAGGAACUUUAUAGCUGAGGAGGAAUCUGGGUUCAGUAAUAUAAAUUAAUAUAAUGUACUGCUACUGAAGUUUUAUUACAGGGGAGUUUCUUUUUACUAAAUCUUUACUUUUUUAAAAUCUAAUGAGAAAUAUUAGUAUGCAUGCAUGAGUGUGUGCAAGCAUGUGGGUACUCUAUGUGUGACUGUGUGUGUGUGUGUGUGUGCGCUGCAUAGGAGAUACUGUUUGUGCUAAUAGCUAGCAGAUGUAUAAGAUUAAGCCUUUAUUUUUGUCACAUCUACAUUACAGCACAGUGAAAUUAUUUCUUUAUAUAUUUUAUUUUGUCCCAUAACUUUGUUUGAGGUCAGCCAAUAUCAUGGCAUUUCCUAAACAAACUACUAAUAGAGGGAUGCCUCACUGCCACAGACUACUGAAUCAUUCUGGCACUUUAUUAUUAUUAUUAAAUUACCACUUUGGGGUGUUUUACAGGAGCAGGUUGUUACAUCCAAAGACAUACAUUUUGUCUUGUCCUGUAGUUGUUGUGUUGUCUCCUGCUCUCCUGUGGCUCCUCCCACUGUCUGCUCUCAGGUCACCUAAUUGCUUCCUCCCAGCUGCACCUUUUUACCAAUCGGAGGGAAAGGAGUUUAAAAGCAGAGCAGAAGGCUCAGUCAGAGAGACCUUUUUUCUCCGAGAGCAUGAUCUGUGUCCUGCCCUGUGCAGCGUAUUGAAUUCCAUGUUGGCUUGCUAUCCACUGUUAUAGUAAUCAGUGACUUUGGUGCUGAUUGUUCUUUUUGUUAUCUCGUGUAAUUUUGGGAACGGUAGGGAGGUGGGUGCCAUUUUAUUUUGUGGAUCCUUGUUUUCUCCUGUUUUUGUGUUAGCUAGGGAGUGAGUUCAGGUAUCUGUUAUUUAUUUUACUUUUGUGUUCUAGGUUAUGAAGAUUUCCACUCCCCAGGCAGUGAACUUUUUUGUUAUUUUGGCGUUGCCCCCUCCUGAGAUUUUGUUCCCUUCCUCAGUUGAACUUUCCUGAUUUACUUCCUGUUAUAUCCAGAUGCUUAAAUAAACCUUUUAAAUUUGAUACAGAAUGUUGUUGGUGUGGUGCUGUGGCAGGGUCUGGGUUAUGCUCUUUCCUCUUUUUAAUGUGUUAGGUCCUAAAACCCCUAGAUACGUGAGCUAAAGAAAUCCAGGACAA